CGUAGCCUCACUUCGCCCCCAUGCGUAGGCAAAAUGUGCUUUUGCCCCUAGUUCGAAGACCGGCUCUGCGACUGCGAGCCAGCCAUCCCGGCGAGCCCCGGACCUGCACUUGUGCGCGUGACCAGACGAGCAGCACAUCCCAUCUCUCGGCAGUCCCUAACGGUGUGCCACCGGGGAAGCGAGGGUACUUGCGUGAAGGCAGGACAUCCGACCGUCCUCAUACCCCACAUCUCCCUUGUUCACCGGUGUUCAGCGCUCCUGGAGAGGCAGAAGUGUGAGGAGCUCUGAAACAACACGUAAUCGUUGGUCGCAGUUCCCCAUAGGAAUUCUACAAUUUCCUGACUGCCAGUGUAUAUCUCGCCGAAGGGGGAAACCUACAAUGAGUUCCAAUCGACCAGACUUGAUUCAAAGCAGCGAGUCUUCAUCAGCUCAUCCCCAUGAAGGUGGCGACGGUUGGGAUUGCCAACCUGCCCCUCAAAGGGGGUGAGCCUUCUCAUUCGGCACUUCGUCAAGAAGCUCCCUUAAAAGCUUCCUUUUGACUCAAACGGGGGAGAGGCUGUUGGAGUGCCCAGUAUGCAACAAGAAGUACACCAGGGACCGUGACCUCAAAAAUCACAUUCGGAUGCAUAAAGGGGAGAAACCUUUUGAGUGCGCAGUUUGCAACAAGACUUUCAGCCAAAAGAGUGUACUCAGGAGUCACCUUCGGACCCAUUCAGGGGAGAAUCCUUUCGAAGGCGCUGUUUGCAAGAAGACUUUUAGCCGGAAGGAUCACGUCAGCGCUCACCUUCGGACCCAUACAGGGGAGAAGCCUUUUGAGUGCUCAGUUUGUAACAGAACUUUCAGCGAAGGGGGUAAACUCAGGAGGCACCUUUGGACCCAUACAGGGGAGAAACCGUUUGAGUGCACAGUUUGCAACAAGACUUUUAGCGUUGAAUGUAACCUCAGGACUCACCUUCGGACCCAUACAGGGGAGAAACCUUUUGAGUGCGCAGUUUGCAACAAGACUUUUAGCGUUGAAUAUAACCUCAGGACUCACCUUCGGACCCAUACGGGAGAGAAACCUUUUGAGUGCGCAGUUUGCAACGAGACUUUUAGCGUUGAAUGUAACCUCAGGACUCACCUUCGGACCCAUACAGGAGAGAAACCUUUUGAGUGCAGUUUGUAACAGGACUUUUCGCCAAGAGGGUGAUCUCAAGACGCACCUUAUAACACAUACAGGUGAGAAAUCUUUUGAGUGCUCACUUUGUAACAAGAAUUUCAGCCGUGGGGGUGACCUCAGGAGGCACCUUCGGAUCCACAUGGGGGAGAAGCCUUUCGAGUGUACAGUUUGCAAAAAGAAGUUCAGCGACGGUCAUGGCCUUAGAAAGCACCUUCGAACCCAUACAGAAGAGGCGCCGAUCGAGUGUACAGUGUGAAACGAAAAGUUAAUCUCAGAUAGCAACAUUUAAUGGGCUCUUUUUGGGCUUACUCUGAAGGCCCAAUGAGUUAUGAUUGUUUCUCUUGCUAGAAGAAGAUUGUGAACUGGUGCCAUUCCAGAUCAUAUUAUUUUGUCCAUGAUGAGAAUGUAAGGAGGUCGGUUCAGGUAAUUUUGUUCUCGCUUUGAGCUUAAACUUAUUCGAAUUCUGUUUGACGUAAGUUUUCCCAUAGUAAUAAUGUUUGAUCCAAACUGUUCGUUCUGAAUGUAAUUUAAUGGUUUUGUGGAUUUGAGUGUAACCGUGCAAACUUAUUGGAGUUACACUCAAGACUUUGUAUUUUAAGCUCGUCCCAACAGCAAUGUUUCUUUAUUCAAACCAAUCGUGAAAAGAUGGUCCUAUGUGUAUUAUUUUCAGAUC